UUUUGCAGGCGGCUGAGGCGACUCGUGCUGAGCGCACUGAAGUUUGUUGUCUUGGUGGUUAUUAAGACUAACUCUUUAAAUCUACAAUGAAACCCGGAUUCAGUCCCCGUGGUGGGAGAGGUGGUUUUGGUGGCAGGGGUCGCGGAGGUUUCGGAGAUAGGGGUGGAAGAGGAGGAUUCCGGGGCGGCAGGGGUGGUGGUGGUGGUGGUGGAUUCAAGUCCCCUGGUGGAGACGGCGGAUUCCGUGGACGUGGAGGGGGCCGUGGGACUCCUAGAGGGAGAGGGGGAAGAGGAGCCGGAGGUCGCGGAGGCUUCAGAGGUGGCAAGAAAGUGACAGUGGAGCCACACAGACACGAAGGAGUAUUUAUUUGUCGCGGUAAGGAGGAUGCUUUAGUGACAAAGAACAUGGUCACUGGAGAGUCUGUGUAUGGGGAGAAAAGGAUAAGCGUUGAGGAGGGAGAGACAAAGAUGGAGUACAGAGCAUGGAACCCCUUUCGGUCGAAGCUGGCAGCAGCCAUUUUGGGAGGUAUUGAUCAAAUCCACAUCAAGCCCGGGGCAAAAGUCAUGUACUUAGGUGCCGCAUCUGGAACUACCGUGUCCCACGUAUCCGACAUUGUCGGACCGGAAGGUUUAGUAUAUGCUGUGGAGUUUUCCCAUAGAUCAGGAAGAGAUUUGCUUAAUGUGGCUAAGAAGAGAACAAACAUCAUCCCCAUCAUUGAGGAUGCAAGGCAUCCACACAAGUACCGUAUGCUUGUUGGAAUGGUUGACGUUAUCUUCGCCGAUGUAGCUCAGCCUGACCAAACUAGAAUUGUCGCCCUCAACGCACACAACUUCCUCAAAAACGGAGGGCAUUUUGUCAUCUCUAUCAAGGCAAACUGCAUUGACUCAACAGCAGCACCAGAGGCAGUGUUUGCAGCAGAGGUCAAGAAGAUGAGUGCCGAGAACAUGAAGCCCCAGGAACAGCUGACGCUGGAGCCAUACGAGAGAGAUCAUGCUGUUGUCGUUGGCAUCUACAGACCACCCCCCAAACAGAAGAAAUGAAAAGCCUGACUGACUUUGGCACUGUGGCUUUGUUUGGACUUUUUUCACCUACUGUUGUCCCAGCUUUGACCAUCAGGGGGUGGAAAGACACAGGGCACAUGGUUGCAAAAAAUGCUUGGCAGAUAUUGCUUUCACCACACCUGCAUUUUUCCCUGCAUCUAACUAAACCAUUUUAGCAUGUGUGGAGCAAAGACACAUGGAAGGUCACCCUGUCUCUCUGACAAGAAGAAACAAAACUUUGAUUAGUUCACUAUAAAAUGGUCUCAGCAGAUUUUUCACUGUGUAAAAUACUAGUACAGUAUGCUGAGAGUUUGCUGUGCUCCUGUGAAUUGUUGGAUAAAAUAUUUCUGCUUCAUUGUUUUUUGUUUUAGUUUUUUAAGCCUUGAUAAAGUUGUGUAGAGCUGUUCUGUUAAUCCAAAAAUCCUUAUUGCAAACUCAUGAUGUUUAAUCAGCGUGUGACUGAUUUAUAUGUAUAACUUCAUCAAUGUAUAAUUGAUUUAAUGUCUGGAAUUGACAAAUUACGAGUUUGUCUUUGGUCUUUUUUAUUAUUAAAAAGGGAAAAAAUGGA